AUUUACGAAAUGGGCGAACAAAUUGAAACACGAUUAGUGCGUGCUCUCGAAAAUAAUUAUUUUGUAGUGAAUAAUAACCACAUACAAAUAAUUUGAAGUAACCGAAUAAUGAUGGAGGACGGAGAAAAUGAAGAGUUUUUAGAGAAUGUUGAUAUUAACGAUGACGUGGUAACUUUAAGAGAUCUAUUUGAAAGGCGAAAAAUAUUGUUGCGAAAAAAGAAGGAAAUAUUGAAUAAACAAUAUUAUGCAAAUAAACUUGCUGCAGAAAAUCAGCAACAAGAACUAGUUUCCGUUCCUUUAUCAGGGGAAUUAGAGCAAGAACCUCCGAACCAAAAUUUGACAUCCGAAUUGACUACGCUUACAACAAUAUUGGAUACUACUUCAACACAGAAUAGAGAUGAGAAUAUUACUUCUAUUGAUGUAAACAUUAAUAUAGUGGAGCCUAAUAAAAAUGACCUUGAAUUUUCGUCCGAUGAUUCAGUCACUGAUCCUUCAUUUGUCGCCCUCUCAGACAUAACAAAUUUAAAGCCACUAUCACCAGCAAAUACGGAGUGGUUUCCCGAAAGGGAAAUAGAAAAUACGGCGAAGAAAAAUGGAAGAAAGCGGAAAGGGAAUCCUAAUAACUGGAAAAGAAUAAUAAAUAAGCGGCAAAGGAUGAUGGGCGAGGAAUACAUUGGAUUUAAAAAAGAUGGCACUAAAUUCGUUCAAAAUGAUCCUAAACCCGCCAGAAUAAUGGGUCCAAUAUGUAUGUCGAAGAGAUGUUUCAGUGGUAAAGCUAUGUAUUGCCCAAAGCUAACAGAAGAAGUGCGGUCAGAAAUUUUUAAAACCUAUUGGAAAAUGAGUUUGCAUGAAAAGAAAAUGUAUAUAGCUUCAAUGGUGGAUAAGACACCUACAACUAGAAAAACUAAGAACUCAAAUUCAAGGCGCAGUGACACCAAAGUUUACUAUUUAAAAGUAAACGAUAAAAAGGAAAGAGUUUGCUUAAAAACAUUUUUGGAAACAUUGGGCAUAAAAGAAUGGACAGUUCGAUAUUGGCUAGGAGAGAAGACGACUAUCGACAAUGAAUCUGAACCAAGUGCUGUAGUAGCCACAGAAACAAAAAAAGAAUCAGCCAGAAAAUACUUGAUGGCGCUACCGAAACUACCGUCUCAUUACUGUAGACAAUCUACUUCAAAGCUUUAUUUAGAACCCAUCAUACAAACAAAAUCACAAUUGUAUCGUCUAUAUGUAGACUACUCAGUUUCGCGAAAUGAACCUGUGGCCUCUAGGAAGGUAUUUGAAGGGGUUUUAUUCGAAGAGAACAUCAGUCUAUAUCAACCAAAGAAAGACGCAUGCGACCAGUGCUGCGCUCACAAAGCAGGUAACAUGUCAGAUGAGCAGUAUAUAAAACAUAUUGAGCUAAAAGACUUAGCUAGAAUUGAAAAAACCCUUGACAAAGAAGCAGCACGGAAAGGGACGAUACAUGCAUUAACAGCAGAUCUUCAAGCAGUCAAAUUGUGUCCUUCACUCAACGCCAGUGCACUAUAUUUUAAGACAAAACUUGCCGUCCACAACUUUACAAUUUACAACCUGGGAACUAAUGGAGUCGCGUGUUACUGGUUCGACGAGACGGCAUGCGACUUAAAAGCUACUACAUACGCAUCAUUUCUUGUAGAUUAUUUAACUAAAUUACUGGAAAAUGAUCCAAAGGAUGUAGUAUUGUUCACAGAUGGCUGCACAGCCCAGAAUAGAAAUAAUAUUGUGUCGAAUGCGUUGUUGCGUUUGGCCAUGGCCAAGAACAUAGUUAUAACUCAAAAAUACUUGGAAAAGGGCCACACUCAGAUGGAAGUCGAUUCGGUGCACUCGGUGAUCGAAAGAAAAUUGAAAAAUCGAGAAAUAUUUCUACCCUCACAAUACGCAACAAUCACGAAGGAGGCCAGAAAAGUGCCGAGUCCUUACCAGGUUAUUACUCCUGAUCAUACAUUUUUUUAAAACUUUGCUCAUAAAGAUCACCUCAUUUAUGAUUCAAUAAGACCUGGUCGUGGGGCGGGUGAUCGUGUCGUCAUGGACAUAAGGGCCCUAAGAUACAGUCCUAGUGGGACAAUUGAUUUUAAACUCCACUUUGUAGACGAUUUUGUUCCUUUACCUAGGAGACCAAAAAAGAUAUUAUCUGACUCUUUAAUUGAUUGCGUAGGUCCAUUGUAUGAAUCCAGACAACCAAUAUCCAAAACAAAGUAUGAUCACCUACAGGAAUUGAAGAGUGUCAUACCUAAAGACUGUCAUAGUUUUUACGAUAAUUUACCUUUUAAAUAAUAUUCCUAAUAACCAAGAUCUUAAAUGCUGUGAUUAUUAAUCGUUUUAAUGAGAAUUUAAGAACUAAGAUAAUAGAAGUACUUCUACGUCUAAGAUAAUAAGAAUAUAAGAGCAUCCAGGUGUAAUGAUUGCCAUAUUUAAUUGUUAAAGCUUUUAAUAAAAAAAAUCGUAUUCGUCCAAGAAACUAAUUAACAAAGAUUGAAAUGCUGGGAUUUUAGAAGAUCGAGGAGGCUGAUUAGUUUAUUAUUCUUAAUUAAGUGAACGUAAUUGUUUUAUUGUAAUUAGAGAAAUUCAGGGAUUGUGUGAUUAAAUUGAUAUCUAGAGUAAGAGUUAUUGUUUUUUUUUUCUAAGAAGAUGUAUAAUUUUGUAUGUUUUUUUCUACUAUAAUAUAUCAUAAUAAAUUCAAAUUAAUAAUAU